AUGUCAGAUUUAAUGUCACUAAAAGCCCGCAGAGGGAAAUUAAAGGGACAAUUAACUAGGUUCAAUAUAUAUCUAAAUAAAGAAGGAGUGGACCCAUUAGAAGUUAAAUGUAGAAGUAAAAAGAUCGAUGAAUUAUGGUUGGAGUUUGAUCAGGUGCAAUCGGAAAUAGAGUCGCUUGAGGACGAAACGGAUGAUUACCGCAUAGAAUUCGAGGAGCUAUAUUUUAGUGCUAUGGCUCUAGGCGAGAAUAUAAUGCAGCGUGUAAGCACAAAAAAGGAUAAUGGUGAUCAAAAAUCAGCUUCUAUAGGCCAUAAUACAGCACACGCAAUUAAUUGUAGCGCUAAUUCUUGUUGCAGCGGUGCAACCGCGGAAAUGAAAUUAUCACCGAUAGAUAUACCAAAAUUUUCGGGUGCAUAUGAGGAAUGGUCAGCUUUCCGCGAUAUUUAUAUAGCAAUGGUACAUAAUAACCCACGUAUAGACGAUAUACAGCGAUUUUUUCAUUUGCGUUCGUGUUUGAAAGGUGAGGCGGCACAGGUUAUAAUGUAUAUAGAAACAACGGCCGCAAAUUAUAACAUAGCAUGGAAUAGCGUGGAAGCUCGAUAUAAUAAUAAAAAAGUAUUAGUGCAAUCGCACACAAAAGAGUUGUUCGAUAUACCGGCGAUAAAUGAAGAAGCUGUGCAAUUAAGAAAAUUAAUAGAUCAGUUAAACGGUCAUAUGAGUGCGUUAGAAACAUUAGGUGAGAAGCCUAAGGAGUGGGGCUCAAUAUUAUUACACCCAAAGUACAAGUGUUACUUGAAUUUUUAG